AUGCAUUCCCUCGACGUUGCCAACGGCACGGCGCUUAUGUUCCCACUCGCCCUCGCCGCUUUCGUCGCCGUCCUUAGCCUCGCUCAUUCCACGGUCGAGAAGCGCGGAGCACCCAUCGUCAUGGGAGACGCCGGAACAUACGGCGUAAUCGCAGCCACAACCCUUACUAGCACCGGCAAUACAAAGAUCACCGGAAACUGCGGCACAUCGCCCGGGACAUCGGUCACCGGCUUCCCUCCUGGCACUUGCACGUCACUAUCUGCCGGCGGAACCUCAGCCAAAAACGCCGAGGCCGCCUGUCUCACGGCUUACACCAACGCCCGAGCGUACACCAACGCCGUUCCGCCCCCCUAUGCUCUGGCGGCCUCUGAUCUUGGAGGCCAGGCUUUGGGUCCCGGCGCGUAUACGUUCCCUACCAGUGCCGUCAAGCUUACUGGAACACUCACAUUAGAUGGCACAUCAAACCCUAGUGGCCAGUUCAUCUUCUUGAUCACGGCCACCUUUGAUGCAAUGGCGUCUUCCCAGGUCAAUCUGAUCAAUGCUCAGGCGUGCAAUGUCUAUUUCAUUGUGGGGUCUUCAGCGACGUGGCGCGAGCAACCAUGGGACAUUCUGUGCUCUAAAUGCGGCUGUUACGCUAAUUAA